GUGACGGAAUGUGGUUAUCAACAACAAUAGCUGACAAACUGAUAAGAAGAGAGCAGAUUUAAAACGUGUCCGAAGGAGAAAAUGUUUACAAAGAGACCUUUACUUGUCCCGCCGACAGCAGGUAUUGGUUUUUGACCCCAGACUGGUUGUUUUCUUUUUAUAUUGUUUAAAAUGAGCGUCAACGGCAGCACGCAGACGGAUUUUUACACCGAUCGCGCUUCCAGAAACCCGGAGAGCAGUGAGACGACACCUUUAUUAGGGAAUGGAUCAGUGCAACCCAGAACCACAGGAGCCUCCUUCGCCUCAUCUGUCUUUAACCUGAUGAAUGCCAUCAUGGGCAGCGGGAUUUUGGGUCUAGCCUAUGCCAUGGCGGGCACAGGAAUAGUAGGUUUUUGCACCCUGUUGGUGCUGGUGGCCUUCCUGGCAGCCUUCUCUUUACAUCUCCUUCUGAAGCUUUGUGAUGAAACAGGCAUUAACUCAUAUGAAGGCCUUGGAGAGAAAGCCUUACAGAAACCAGGAAAAGUUCUGGUUGGAGUCACCAUCCUCAUCCAAAAUAUUGGUGCCAUGUCGUCCUAUUUGUUCAUCCUGAAGUCGGAGCUUCCUGCAGCCAUCUGCAGCCUCCUCGGUGUAGAAAACACAGGGACUGUGUGGUAUGAAAAUGGCAAGUUGCUUCUGGUCAUGAUCACAGUCUUUGUUGUUCUGCCUUUAUCUUUGCUGCCUAAAAUCGGCUUCCUGGGCUACACCAGCAGUAUUUCCUUCAUCUUCAUACUGUAUUUUACUGUCGUGGUCGUGGUCAAGAAAUGGUCCAUUCCCUGUCCCCUGCCUCAAAAUGGCACAAGACUUAGAGGGACCUUCGAGGUAUCGAAUUCUUCAGCGUCAGACUGCACGCCCAAACUCUUCGUCGUCUCCGUUAAGAGUGCCUACGCCAUCCCCACCAUGGCCUUCUCCUUCCUGUGCCACACGGCUAUCUUGCCCAUCUACUGCGAACUGCAAAGACCCUCCAAGUCUAAAAUGCAGAACAUUUCCAACAUUGGCAUCGGCCUCAGCUUUCUGCUGUACUUCAUUUCUGCUCUGUUUGGGUACCUCACCUUCUACGGUCAUGUGAAAUCUGAGCUGCUGCUUGGCUAUGAUUACUAUUUGCUGGGAGACAUCAUGGUGAUGUCUGUGCGGGUGGCCAUCCUCCUCUCGGUGCUGCUGACCGUACCGCUCAUACACUUCCCCGCCCGUAAGGCGAUGAUUUUGCUGCUGUUUGGAGGUCGCAGCUUCUCCUGGCGGAUCCACAUCAUCUCAACCCUGAUCAUCCUGAGCGUGGUGCUGAUGCUGGCCAUCUUUGUUCCAGAUAUCAGGACUGUGUUUGGGAUCGUAGGAUCAACUACGUCCACCUGCCUCCUCUUUAUUUUUCCGGGCAUCUUCUACCUCAAGAUCAGCAGAUCGUCCCUCAAAUCUGUCGACUCAGUCGGGGCACUUCUUCUUGUCAUCUUUGGGGUGAUGAUGGGAGUUAUCAGCCUCUCUACCAUCAUCAUCACUUGGAUCAUGACUCCCUAAACGCAUCAAAAACAACAAAAAGCAAAGGGGAAAUUACAAAAAACUGAAUUUGUAGAAAGAGAAAUGAGAAACAGGCCGGAGCAUCACUUCAGAAACACUCGGGUUGCGAAUGACCACAGUCACCAAUUCUUGUCAUGUGUCUAUGCCCAUGUCUGAUCUCAGAAUUGUGUGUACUGAAACUCUAAUUUCCCUCUGGGAUUAACAAAGUAUCUUUGAAUUUAUUUGCUUAAUUUAGGGAAUGUUUUACUAUCUUAUUGGUGCCAAAGAGAAAAAACAAAAACCAUAAGUGUGUAUUUUAAUCUUUAUUGUAUUGUUUUAUCAAGCACUUUAUAGAAAUCUACAUGUGUGUGAAUUUGUUGGACAAUCUAAUUAUUCCUAAAUCCUUCCGCUGUUGUUUUUCUGUUUUUGAUGUAUUUCUGUUUCUGUCAGUUCUUUAUUUUGUUUGUUUUGCUUUUUUUCAAACGACUGGUGAUGCAGAGGGGCGUGAAAGCUGGCAUUAAAUGAAAAGGGAGAUUAUUUAUGUAA